CAUCGGUGGCACCAUUGGCACUGGUCUCUUCGUCGGUGCCGGCCAGGCUCUCGCCCGUGCUGGCCCAGCCAAUCUCUUCAUGGCCUACAGCAUCAUCUGCUUCUUCGUCUACGGAAUCGUCACCGGUGUCGCCGAGGUUGCCGCGUACCUCCCUCUUCCCGGCGCCUCCAUGUCAUCCCACGGUACCCGGUUUGUCUCUAAGAGCUUGGGAUUCGCCAUGGGUUGGCUCUACUGGUACUCAUUCGGAAUCCUCGUCGCCUAUGAGAUCACCGCUGCAUCUCUCGUCAUCAACUACUGGCCUAAUAACAUCCAUAUUGCGGUUUGGAUCACGAUUAUGCUGGUUGUUAUUCUUGCCCUUAACUUCUCGCCAGUGAAGUGGUAUGCCGAAUCUGAAUUUUGGUUCGCUUCUCUGAAAGUCCUUAUGAUCAUCGGUCUCCUUCUCUUGGCCUUUAUCUUGGCUGUUGGUGGAGGCCCUGAUGGGAAGAAGAUCGGUUUCUCUUAUUGGAACGACCCCGGAGCAAUGAACGAAUAUCUCGUCACAGGGGCGCGCGGCCGAUUCUGCGCCUUUAUCUAUGCUCUGACCUUUUCCAUGUUCUCGUUCAACUUUGGACCCGAGCUGAUUGUCCUCACCUCCGGCGAGAUGAGAGCCCCCAGAAAGAACCUCCCCACUGCCGCCAAAAACUUCGUCUGGAGACUGAUUGUCUUCUACUCGCUCGGUGCUCUCGCCAUCAGUGUCAUCUGCCGAAGCGAUGCUCCAGGCCUGACCGACGGCGGCUAUGGAGCUGCUGCAUCCCCGUGGGUCAUCGCCAUCAAGGACAGUGGCAUCAAGAUUCUGGAUUCCAUCAUCAACGCCGGUAUUAUUCUCUCUGCUUGGUCAUCUGGCAACUCCUUCCUCUACAUGUCCAGCCGGUCGCUCUACUCAAUGGCAAAGUCAGGCAACGCUCCCGCUAUUUUCGCCCGCUGCAAUCGCUAUGGCGUUCCGGUUUACGCAACUCUUGCCAGUGCGCUCUUCGGACCCCUAGCCUAUAUGAAUGUCGGAAGCUCGACGAGCGAAGUCUUCAACUGGUUCAUCAACUUGACCAACACUGCUGGAUUCACAUCUUGGAUCUGCUGUUGCAUCAUUCUGUUGAGGUUCCGCAAGGCCUGCAAGGCUCAGGGUGUCACGGAUAUUCCCUUCCAGUCUAUUCUGCAACCAUGGGCGUCGUAUAUCUGCAUUGUCUUUUUCGCCUGCCUGCUUGGUCUCAACGGCUUCAGCGUCUUCUUCCCUGGUCAAUGGUCUGUUUCGUCCUUCCUGACGUCUUACAUUGGUCUCCCCAUCUUCCUCGUCAUUUAUGGAGCUCACCGUGUUUGCCACUGGAAUGAGGGUUGGAUUAUUGCGCCGAGCGAUGUUGACUUGCAUACCGGGUUGGAUGCCAUCAAGGCCCUUGAAGAGGUCGAGGCUGAACAGGAGUAUCCUGAGAAGGGCGGGGUGAAAGGAAAGGCUUGGAGGGUCGUCAAGUCCAUAUGGGAAUAGAGCAGCAUUCGAGCCUCAAUCCCAGAUCUAUAGAAAUAGAACAUUAGGACAGCCAAAGACCUAGAUUCGAAAUCGUCCUCGUUUGAUAUGAACCAAGACUUAUCUUCGAUUUGUUUUGUGAAAUGAUUGCUAGGUAAAGACGACCGCGCAGAAUAAUGAGACGAACAGAAGUUGUUGUUAUUGGACAACUUGUGACAUUCUCGAAAAACAAUUCCUGAAUUAGUUGUGAAGCUGUACCAAUCUUACGCGGGGUUUAACACUCCGUAUCUCGGCGAAAUGAGCCGUCUUGCCGUACGAACGCACUUGUGGGCACUCGGACUUGCUGUGCA